AUGACCAAAGACAUUCGGAAGGCUGAAUCAGAUAACCCGCAACAGUACGACUGGCCGCGAGCUAGAGAACAUCCCCCGUUCCUUCUCCGACAGCCGCCUCCCGUCUCGGGGGCGACGGGACCCACAGCAGAACUCUGCCGAGGUCCCCUCUUCUCCCGCGCCGCGUUCCUGCGUGCUGAGAAUCCAGUGCCUGGCACAAAGCACUACAGAGGCUGGGGGGGUUUUUCCUCCGACCGGUCUUCGUUACAUGAGAGCCUUUUUCUAGAGCUAAGCUAUGGAAAAAAAAAAGCAAAGCAAAAGCCGCCCCCCUUUGAGUCGCCCAUACAGCAGGACCGCAGCGCUCAGCGUGGCUCUCCAGAGACCACCUGGCCUAAAAGAAGCCCCCAGGCUGUAAUCCUUCACGUCUCCCCGCUGGGGUGGGUCUUCCCUGGGAUCAGCGGUCUGGGACGGGAGCUACGCCCUGGCAUCGAGCUCCAAGUCUCAUCAGAAUGUCCUCACAACCGAACCAAACGCGGCCCUGGUUUCCCGCUUUGGGCCGCCGACUGGGCCGGGGGUCGCGGCCGCCAGGAGCAGCAGCGCAGGGGUGCCCCGUGCUUGCUGUGUUUGGGUCUCCGGAGAAACCAGACCGCGUUUCUCUUCGCGGGGUAUGAAGAACUGAAACGCUUGCGAGUUUUAAGGAAAUCUGCCUUUAAACAUAAGGCUGUGUGCUUUCCAGAGUUGCAGGAAUUCCGAAAGCAAGUGCGUGACUGCAUUCAGAAAACGCUGACUGAAUGGAGCUCAAAGAUGGGGCAAGAUCUAAAUCAGGAAAUACUGGAGGUGCUGGAAUGUACUGUAGCUCAAGCUAUAGAAAAAAUAAAUCCUGAAGAAAGAGAUGAGCUGAAAGUAUCAGCAAAACUUUUCAUCGUUGGAUCAAACUCUUCAUCGAUCAGAGAUGCAGUUGACAUGGCGUGUUCUGCCCUCGGAGUUGCUCAGUUAGACUCAGUCAUUAUUGCCCCACCUCCCAUUGAAGAUGGAACUAGCCUCUCCGUGGAGUAUUUGCAGCCUUAUUGGCAAGAACUUGAAAAUCUAGUUGAAAAUAAAAAGAUUGUUGCCAUAGGUACCUCUGACCUAGAUAAGACACUGUUAGAGCAGCUGUAUCUGUGGGCACAGGUGAAACCAAGUAGCAAUCAGGUGAACCUAGCUUCCUGUUGUGUGAUGCCACCUGAUCUCACAGCAUUUGCAAAACAGUUCGACAUACAGCUGUUAACUCACAAUGACCCAAAAGAAUUACUUUGUGAAGCAAGUUUCCAAGAAGUUCUUCAGGAGAGCAUCCAGAACACAAAAGCACACGAGUGGAUUCCUUUAUGGCUUCUCCGGUAUUCAGUCAUUGUUAAAAGCAGAGGAAUUAUCAAGUCCAAAGGCUAUAUCAUGCAAGCUAAAAGAAAUGCCAGUUAAAAAAAAGAAAAAUGUAAAGAAAAUGUUUUAAGUGACUUAACUGUUUUAAUUUCUUGGGAAUGGGGGGAAUAUUGCUUUUUUCAUAGAAACACUUUUACGGCGUUUGUAACAGAGACCAAAAGUUGUGAUUAUUCAGUGUGGUGUCAGCAGGAGUGUAUGCAGUGUUCUAAC